AUGAGCAUCUUCCCGCCACGGUAUGUCUACCUAGCCGCCCUGAUCAUCUUCAUGGUAGGCAACGCCGUCUCAGGAUCGGCUACCUCCAUGACUGCCCUCCUCGUCGGUCGCGCCAUCUCUGCUCUCGGCGGGGCUGGUAUGUGGAACUACAUCCUGGCCUCCGUCUUCGGGCCGUUAAUCGGCGGUGGACUCACGGAUCUGGGCGCCUCUUGGGGAUGGCGCUGGUGUUUCUACGUCUACCUGCCCAUCUGCGGCGCCACUCUCCUCGCCCUGGCCGUCUUCUUGCCUAGCACCCCGCUCGUCUCGCCCUUCGAUGGACAAGAAGAUACUCGACCGCGGUGGAAACGAGCGCUGUCGAUCGACUACCUCUCCUUUGCGCUCACUCUCUCCUUCCUGGUCUGCUUCUGCUUUGCUCUGCAGUGGGGUGGGGUCACUCGAUCGUGGAACGACCCGAACGUCGUUGUGGCGCUUGUCUUUUCGGGUGUCCUCUUCGCUGCCCUGAUCGCCUGGAGCUACUUCCGGGGGCCGAAAGCUAUGAUCCCCAUGUCGCUAUUCCGCAGCGUGCACUUCAACGGAGCGAUUUGGGUGGCGUUCUUCGGGUAUUCUCUCGUGGUCGUCAUCCUCUUCUACCUCAGCAUCUACUUCCAGAGCUCCAGGGGCACUUCGGCGACUAAGGCUGGAGUGCUACUUCUCGGCAUUCAGUGCGCGGUGAGCCCCGUCCUGAUUCUCGCUGGCAAGUUUGGUGAGCGGACCGGUUACGCCAAGGUGCCCAUUGUCAUCGGUUGCAUCCUGACUGCUAUUGUCACGGGUAUUAUGUCUACCUACAAGGCGACGACAUCGCUGGCCACCGUCGUGGGGCUGGAGAUCCUGGCUGGUGUUGGGCUCGGCCUCAUCCUGAACCUCAUUGUCGUCCUCAUGCAGGCCAAGUACUACAGGAACCCGCAUCUCACCCCGCAUGCGACAAAUGUCUUCAACCUGCACAACACAGUCAACUACACAGCCCUGCGAUCGGAGACGAAGACCGCGGUACUGGCGUCUCCGCUUGUCAUGUGGGACAACAGCGGUCUUCUCAGCGAGCGUAACCUGAGGUUUAUGCAAGAGACGUACGCUGACGCGAUCCACAACGUGUGGUGGCUCUGCCUGGCUAUGGCUCUAUGCUGUGGAUACGCCGCAAUGGCCAUGCGCAACUUGAACCUAGACGACUCUCAGGAUGACGGUCAACCAAGCGUUGCCGCCUCCUGCGCAGCUUCGGUGUACACGACCGAACUUCAAACCGGGCAAACCGGCGUCGCAGCGGUCGUCUGUUCAACGCUCUUCCAUUCAGCGCUCGUCGAUUCAGCCUUCGGUUCAACGCUCCUCGCUGCAGCCGUCGUCGCGCGGUCCUCGAUGCAGCGCUCUUCCUUACGCUCUGGGUCUCGACGCGCCUCGCCACCUCCGCCCGUUCCGCCUCUCCCAGACAUGUCAAGCUUGUCCUCAGCGGCAGCUAAGACACCUAGCACGGUCAACUCCGCGCUGCCUUGGGGCCAGCAGGCAUCGAGCACCCCUCGUGCCUCACCUGUCCCUCCAUCGCCUAUCCCGCCGUCGCCCGUCCCUCCCUCACCAGUCGCUCGCUCGCCCGUUCCGCCGUCUCCUGCACCCAGCACGCCCAAGUCACUUCCACUUCCGUUCCCCGAGAUGCCUGAACCGGUAUACAUGACUCCCAAAACCAUGUCGUCGCAGGAGGCAGAGGAGCUGCCAUCCGCUGACGACUCAUCCAUGGCGUUACCGGAUGUGCGUAGCUUCCCACCCCUGGAUACCAACAAGAUCUUGUCUCUCCACGAGUCACUGCAUGGUGACUACUCUCCGAACGGCUCGACCGAGAGGCUACGCAUGUCCGAUCGGUACCCGGACGUCAGCCCCCGGACAAGCUUUGAGAGGGCUAGUGUUGAACGUUUCGAACGUCCUAGCCUGGAAACUCUGGAGCGUCCCAGUCUGGAAGGUCGAUCGCUGCCAGCGGUCCCCACACCCUCCAGUUCCACUACCAGUCUCUCAUCUGCGACUGUGAAGGGCCCCAGGCCGCAACCCACGACGCCUUCAGACAAGCCUUCCGGACCUGACAGUUCUACAACGAGCCUGACAUCCGGCACAGUCGGGGGGCCACGGCCGUCACCCGCUUCGAACCGCAGCGUCGGAGGUCCCCGGGCCCUUGGCGGACCGCGGCCCCUACCCAAGUCGCCUCUUCCCCCUGUGCCAACGCAAACUCGGACGUCAAUCGAUCAGACCAAGGCUGAGUCCAGAGCGAGCAACAUGGUUUAG